UUUUUGGAAAGUUGGGAACAGGUUUGGCUUAUUCUCAGUUUGUCUUAUCUGCUCUUCACUGAAGGACUUCAUCAUGGGGGCUUCCCAGUCUGGACAACCUCAUGAGUUUCAACAUCUGUCUGACAAAACCGGCUUUUCCAUAGAGCAGAUUAAAAACCUCCACAACAGAUUUGAGUACCUGACACAAGAUGAAGGAACUUUAAGACGAGAACAUCUUGAGAAUAUUGAGAAUUUGGCUCUGAACCCAAUCCGGAAAAAGAUCAUCGAGGCCUUCUUUGAUAAAAGGAACUUGGGUCAGGAGGGGGAAGGCUAUCUGGACGAGAUCGGAUUUGAGGAAUUCCUGACCAUUCUGGCAUUCUUCACACCAUCCAAACAGCGCACCGGUGAAGAUGACAAGCAAAAAACACGGAAGGAGAAAUUACGUUUUCUGUUUAACAUGCAUGACACUGACAAUGAUGGCUUCAUCACUUUAGACGAAUAUAGACACGUGGUUGAAAAGCUGCUGUCUAGUAAUGAAACCAUAGAGAUAGAAACGGCAAAAGCGAUUGCAGAUGCUGCCAUGCUGGAGGUUGCCAGCGUAACAGUGGGUCGAAUGGGUCCAGAUGAGUUUUAUGAGGGAGUCACAUUUGAACAUUUCAUGCAGAUCUUAAAAGGGCUCGAGAUCGAGACCACGAUGAACAUUAACUUUUGGAACUUGGAUUCGACGGCGUUUCAAUGUGGGAAAUCAAAGUAGAUUCUUCUGCCAGGUCUGAAUUUUAGACUCAAGAAGAGUAUUUAAACUCUAAGAUGUGAGACCAGACCUCAAGAGCAAAAAUGAAUGCACAGAGAGACAGUCCUCUCCACAAUUUUAUAACAUACAGUAUAUAUAGGGGUCUUACUUGUCCACUUUAUGGGGCCUGUUAUUUUUGUGACCUCAAGAUGUGUUUACACAAGUACGAAAGCAUUUUUAUUGACACAUUUUUGGUUAUGUAAUGUAUAUAUUGAGUAGGACUCAUGAUACUGUGCAGCCGUGGGUAGCACUGUUGCCUCACAGCAAGAAGGUCCACGGUUCGAGCCUCGGCUGGGUCAGGAGGUCCCUCUGUGUGGAGUUUGUAUGUUCUCCCUGUGUCAGUGUGGGUUUAUUGCUGGAAUGGUGUUAAGAAAUAAACCAAGAAACUUUCUAAGCAAAAUGCUCAUUUUGAAAAAUGAGGAAGUCAACAAUCUUUUUUUCCUUCAACAAAGCAGUGCUUACAUAUUUCACAUUCAGAUAAACCAACAAGCCAUAUCUUAUCAGUUCCUUGUAAGUAGACAUGGGCCGGUAUGAGAUUUUGGUAGUAUGAUAACCUUAACUCUUUCCCUGCCAGCGUUUAAAAAAAAAGUUGCCAAAACAAUGCAUGUGGAUAUGACAAAAUCCAUUCUGGGUCUCAUAAUCUUCUCGCAAUACACA